GCCAGCGCGCAGGCGCACGGUUGGAGCUGGCGCCGCUGAGCGCCCCGCUGCGGCCGUCCCUCCCCCAUCUCCGCCGAGCGGGAGGGGAACGGGCGGCCGGGGCUGCUCGGGCCGUGGGGUUCUGUCGUCGUCAUGGAGUUCCCGUGGGAUGAGCUGACCCUAGCCUUCUCCCGCACGUCCAUGUUCCCCUUUUUCGACAUCGCCCACUACUUGGUGUCGGUGAUGGCGCUGAAGCAGCGGCCAGGAGCAGCGACAGUAGCAUGGAAGAACCCUGUGUCCAGCUGGUUUACGGCCAUGCUCCACUGCUUUGGUGGAGGAAUUUUAUCCUGUAUACUGCUUGCUGAGCCUCCACUGAGGUUUCUUACAAACCACACUAAUAUUUUAUUGGCAUCUUCAAUUUGGUAUAUUGUAUUUUUUUGCCCUUGUGACCUAGUUUCCCAGGGCUAUUCAUUUCUACCUGUUCAACUUCUGGCUGCAGGAAUGAAGGAAGUGACCAGAACUUGGAAAAUAGUAGGUGGAGUCACACAUGCUAAUAGCUAUUACAGCGAUGGCUGGAUAGUCAUGAUCGCUAUUGGAUGGGCCCGAGGUGCAGGUGGUGCUGUUAUCACAGCUUGUGAACAGUUGCUAAAAGGAGAUUGGAAACCAGAAGGUGAUGAAUGGCUGAAGAUGUCCUUCCCUUCCAAGAUAACCUUGAUGGGGUCAAUUAUCUUCACAUUCCAGCAUACCAAGCAUCUGGCAAUAUCAAAGCAUAAUCUUAUGUUCCUCUACACCAUCUUUCUUGUGACCAUAAAGGUAACCAUGAUGUUGACAAAGAAUUCUGCAGUGACUCUCGCUCCUUUUGAGGGUACGUUGAGUCGGAUGCUGUUUGGCUGGCAGCAGCAGUUUUCAUCAUGUGAAAGGAAAAGUGAAGUGAAACCAUCUUCCAAUGGUGCUGUCUCGACAUCUUCAAAGCCUGUGCCAGAAACUCCAGACAGUGCGAAGAAGCACGCUAAGAAAGAAGACUGAGUAUAUGGACUUGAGCUCUACAAGGCGAAAAUAUGUUUUUAUCUACCUAUCAGAUUGUGAUACUACUUCUGUGUAAGGGAUGUGGAAUAAAGAUUAUGGGCAAGGAAUGGAGGUGACGAAAAGGAAGACAUUCUUUGUUUGAGGGAGACUGCUCUCCUGAUUUUAAUUCUUGAGUUACUGGUAUAUCAUGUGACUUUAUUUUUCUGAUAUUAAUAUUCUCAUAAUUAUUUUAAUAGUUUUAUAUUGAUAAAAGGAUACUUUUUAGAUCUUGGAAAAAGUGCACCUGUUGCUACAAAAUUACAAGAAUUUAACACUUUAAAAAAUUCACAUUUUUUUCACUUCUGAAUGAUUCUAAUUGUCUUUUAAUCCAGCAGAAUUAAGCCUUUAUGUCAUAUUACCAAUAUAACUUUUCUAUGUGGAAGACAAUUACUAUUUAAUUUUGAACAUGGAGAACUUUUCCUAGACACUUUGUAAGUGAAAAUAAAUUGCUAGUGUGCACAUUUGAUGUAUAAAUUUGAUUUAUAAAUUUUAUACACAUUUAAAAAUACCUGAAAUUUAUUUUUCAGUGAGACACAAUGUAGUUUUCAGUUUGAAGUCUGCUUUAUGCCCUUGUUCUAGGAAAUGCUUUUUCCUCAGAAAUCAGGGUUACAAUUUGUAUUGUUUUUUCUUUUUGAGACAAGGAUCUCACUGUGUAGCCCUAGCUGGCCUCAAACUUGUGAUCCUCCUACCUCAGCCUCCCAGGUGCUGGGAUUAUGGGCAUGGACCCUCACCCCGUCCUGGAGAUGCAGUUUUAUUCUUUGUAAUCCUCUGCUUUGUGAUUGUCACUUUAGAGCUUAGCUUAGUUCUUUCUUUUUCCUUACCACAUUUUGGCAGUAGGAGAAAUUCUACCCAUUUCAACUGUUCCUUUUGACUUAGCUGGUCAGAAUGUGCUGAUGGCAUAUAUCAAUGACAGAGCAAAGAUUGUCACCUUUGCUGGAAAUGUUUCCUUCCAUGCCUCCUUUCUAGCGGCCACUAUUUCAGUUUUUUGUGACUUUCUCUUGGGAGUUUGCAAAUGGUUAUGCUUUUUUAAAAUCUACAUGUACUUCCACUACUCUAUUUUAAAUGAAAACUACUUUCAUGUGAAAAUGCUCAGCUCUGAUGGGACUUGUCCUUGCGUGUUUGCUGUUAACCUGCUAGAGGAAGAAAAACUAAAACCUCACGUUAGAUGACUUGAACAAAGUAAUAUGAUAUUAAAUCUGCUUUCUUGUUGACGAAAUAAAAAGAAAACAAGAAAAUGUACUAAAUGAUAGAUUUUCUUUCCUUAUUUUAUGUGUAAAAGUCCAGUUAUAAUAUUAAACUCUGUGGCAUGAUUUCUUAUA